GGGAUGAUUCACGGAUUUCGAGUCAGUGUGUGAUGCGACUCUGCACAGAAAAUUAUCUGACAAUCAUUCAUUACAAUAGCUGUUGUUCCGUGGCACGCCACUGAAAUGAGGACAAAAAAAGCCAGAAAACGCGCUGCAUGAGUCUGACAGGCGGAUGCAGGUGAAGAGUUGACUGCGAAAGUGGAUCUAUUGCAUAAUCAGAUCGAGCACAAAGAGAGGCAACGAGGGUCGAGGGAGCUUCGUUUUGAACUAUGGCGGCAACAAAUAUCAUUAUUCUGACAUAGAUUUUGAUAACGAGAAAACGUGCCACCUUGGAGAACAGCGGCGAGUUGUUGGAUAUGAGGAUAAAAAACACCCCGCCUCAAAACUUUCAAGUUUAAAAUCUUGCUACCAGAGUUUGCAUUCAUUUUCAGGCUACCUGUGCAGUGUGCUCUCAAUUAACACUAAACUGACUAGCUUAUGUGAUUUUGUGUGUUUUUUAAAGCCAACAUCGGCAGCUUUUGGAGGUAUAGGCUAUUUGUGCAGCCUCAGAAGCCGUUCAAAUGCUGGAAUGGAUUGGUGCUGCUUGUUUUAUGAUUUUAUUGGCCAUACUCUGGCCAGUGGUGAAGUGUUUUGGAGCGGAGAGUCACUCCACCACGCUGCUGCUUCCACAGCGCGAGAGUAAAAGAUCCGCGGAGAGAUGCGACUCGAAACUCGAGGGACAAGGUGAAUCAGCCACAGUCGCUUUGAUAUGCAAGCCCUCUGCACUGGCAAACUACCUUCUCAAACAUUGCAUGACUUUUUGCAAGUCGUUAUCGAUACCAAAAUGGAACUGGCGAAUGAGUUCGUCUUUACAAACUGUCUUCGGUGCUUUGUGGCCGUUCGACUGUCCCGUGCAUUUCAUCCGAGAUCAUUUGCAGUUGAGUGAUGAUGGACUCGUGGCGUUAGACUGGGCUGUUGUUGGUGCAGCACAUCACAAGAGGCGCAGGACUUCCAGUAAUUCCACAAGUCCCGUUCUGCUUAUCAUUCCCAACUCCUAUGGGAAAAUCACCAGGAAUGUGUUAAAGCUCUGUGAGGCAGCCUUGAGUCACGGGUACCUUCCUGUGAUCUUCAACCGUCGGAGUCAGAACGGGACACCACUCUGUACCAUCAAGCUGCAGCAGUUUGGCGACCCGACCGACCUGCGGGAAGCGGUGCGCUACAUUCGGUACCGGCAGCCGGCUGGUCAGAUCUACGCUGUGAGCGAGAGCACUGGUUCAGGACUGCUCCUGUCCUACUUGGGCGAGUGUGGGUCCUCCAGCUAUGUGACGGCUGCGGCCUGCCUGUCUCCGGUUUUCCGCUGCCAGAGCUGGUUUGAGAGUGGCCCGACCAGACCGUUCAACUGGGCACUUCUGCUUUACCAAAAAAUCUGCCUCAGCAGAUAUAAAACUGUGCUCGGGGAGCUUGUCCACACAGACAACUUAUUCUCCAGCUGCUCUUUGAAGGCGAUGGAAGAGACGCUGUUCUGUCAUUCUGGCUCAAAAGGGGUGACAGCGGAUGGAGGAGGUAGCUGGGAGGCGUACUGGGAGCGGAACGACCCUCUGAGGGACAUAGAUGAAGUAGCCAUUCCUGUGCUGUGUGUGUGCAGCCAGGACGACCCCAUCCGAGGGGACGACCAGGCCACUCUACCCUUUGAGCUUUUUGAGAGCAAUCCACAUUUCUUCCUGCUUUUGACUGCCCACGGAGGCCACUGCGGCUUCUCCACAGCAGACGAGGGCCCGAUCGUCUGGAGCCACCAAGCCUUACUGGAGUUCUUUCGCGCCACCACCGAUUUCUUUGCCGCGGAGGAGCGUGCCAAGCUGGCAGCCCGGCGGAGGGGUGUGAGCGGGACUGGCAAGACUUUCCGCCAUCGCAGCGUCAGCACAUGCAAAAGACUGCCCGUCUGCUCGCAUAACAUUCACGCCAUUUACAACUGGCAGAGGUCCUACACCAGAUGAUGAUGUGCUCAGUGGGUCCCCUGCUUUGUUUGGGAUUUGGGAGUGACUAAAAAAGCAAAGAGCACUGCCAGAAAAAGGUAGAUUAGAACCAUUUGUCUGACUUGCUUUUCAUCACAGCCAAGAAAGCCAGCAGUCGAGUCAAAAUAGCUCAGUUUACAUUCAGGACUAUGUAGAAUUAGACUAUCAAUGUCAACAGAUGAACAAUGCCUAUCUUUGAGACUGUUGAAACAUUACGGUCAGUGGGGUUAAAACAUUUUUUUUUUUUAUGUUUUAGAUAAUAAGACUUAGCUAGAUAUCCUGAAAUUUCUUACCACAUUUUGGCUCACUAAAUUUGGAAGGAUUGAUUGUUAAAAAAGUUUGCCAAACUAAAGAAAAUAAAAAAAAGUAAAAUAACAGAAAAUAAACUUAAUUCUCUGAAAAUAAGCUGUAAUGUUCAUUUAUCUAGGAUGUUUAUAUGAUAAUCUCAAUAUCAUUAAAAAUGUAUUAUUAUUAUUCAUUUAUUUAAUAUAUUUAUUAUUAUUAUUAUUAAUAUAUAUUUUUUGAAUGAGCCUUGAAGUCAUGUUUCUCUUUUUCAAAGGGUUGGUCCAAAUGAUUUUUAUGUACCUCAUGAAUAUUCUAAAAUUUAGAGAAAAAAAAAACAUCUACAUAGUGGCCCUUUGAUACUUUUGACGUCAUUAAUGUUUUGCGUUAGUGCAUACAAUAAUGAAAAGUGACAGUCUGCCGUUAGAAAGGCCUGUGGAAUCGGAGUAAAAUGUCAGUCGGCACUGCUGGGGUUUCUUAUGACGUCAUUCUGAGGUUUCAGGGAAAGCUGACAAGGGUGGAGCUAGCUUUGCAGAUUUUCACACUGAUUUUUUUCCCUCACUGUUUUUGUUUACUGCCUUUUCUGUCUCCAUUUAAAAAAUGUGUAAUGUCAAACUCUUGUUUAAAUUAUCUGUGAACGUGGGAGCUUUCAUUAAAGGGUUUCAGCUAAAUA